GGACCGAACGAAAAGAUCACUCGUGCCUUCCGGGUCGCGGCUGCGGGAAGGGGCGCACCGUGCCCGGGGGGGGGUCUGUGGGCUCGGCGAGCCCCCCCGCGUCUCACCUCCCCGCCGAUCCCCCGUUUCAGCGGACCUGCCUUCCGCGGCUUUUGCGCGACACCCCCCGGCCCGGCCGCGCGCCGGGUGCACCGGAGGCCCGAGUCCCCGGACAGCCGCAGCGGAUGGGCGGCCGGGGCGGCGGGGCCUGACAGUGGCCCGGUGCCAUCAGGGCCGCCGCUGGUGUCUGGUGUGAUGGGCGGCCUGGAGGAGGAGGCCUGGGCCAAUGGGAGCACCGCGCAGCCCGCGCCCCAGGCCCCCAACAUCAGCGCUCCGCACCGCUGCCUGCUGCUGCUCUAUGAGGACAUCGGCUCCUCCCGGGUCCGCUACUGGGACCUCUUGCUGCUUGUCCCCAACGUCUUCUUCUUCACCUUCCUGCUCUGGAAGCUCCCGCUGGCUCGGGCCAAGAUCCGUGUCACCUCCAGCCCCAUCUUCACCACCUUCUACAUCCUGGAUAGAGAGAAAUUGAGAGAAGGGGAGAUAGAGAGGCAGAGAGAGACACCUGCAGACCUGCUUCACGAUGCUUCCUCCCUGCAGGUGUUUGUGGUGGCACUGGUGGGCAUUGCCCGGGCAGUGGUAUCCAUGACCGUCAGCACCUCAGACGCCGCCACCGUGGCUGAUAAGAUCCUGUGGGAGAUCACCCGCUUCUUCCUUCUGGCCAUCGAGCUGAGUGUGGUCAUCCUGGGCCUGGCCUUCGGCCACCUGGAGAGUAAGUCCAGCAUCAAGUGGGUGCUGGCCAUCACCACAGUGCUGUCCCUGGCCUACUCAGUCACCCAGGGGACCCUGGAAAUCCUGUACCCCGACUCCCACCUCUCGGCCGAGGACUUCAACAUCUACGGCCACGGCGGCCGCCAGUUCUGGCUGGUCAGCUCCUGCUGCUUCUUCCUGGUCUACACGCUGGUGGUGCUGCUCCCCAGGACCCCGCUGAAGGCGCGCAUCUCCCUGCCGUCGCGCAGGAGCUUCUACGUGUACGCCGGCAUCCUGGCGCUGCUCAACCUGCUGCAGGGGCUGGGCAGCGCAAUGCUCUGCGCAGACAUCAUCGAGGGGCUCUGCUGUGUGGACGCCACCACGUUUCUCUACUUCAGCUUCUUCGCUCCCCUCAUCUACGUGGCCUUCCUGCGGGGCUUCUUCGGCUCGGAGCCCAAGAUCCUGUUCUCCUACAAAUGCCAAGUGGACGAGACCGAGGAGCCUGAGGUGCACCUGCCGCAGCCCUACGCGGUGGCCCGGCGGGAAGGCCCCGAGGCGGCGGGGGCGGCCAGCACGCAGUUUGACUCGGCCAGCGGAAUGGCCUACCUGGACGACGUGGCCUCCAUGCCCUCCCACGCGGGCAGCAUCAACAGCACCGACAGCGAGCGCUGGAGGGCCAUCAACGCCUGAGCUCCGCGGGCGCAGACAUGCGGAGAUGCAGGGACAGACUGCAGGGGCCUGAGCCCGGCUCCGGCCACUCGCCCGCUGGGCUGAGUGUGUAUAUUUUCUUGAUCGAUUUUGUAAUAAAAAGGCCAAGGAGCA